UUGGCGCUGCUGUCGGUGUGGAGGUGAAGUGAUGAUGAAAACAGGCUGACACGUCGAUUGGUGCUGCGUUUGAGAGAAUUUUAUCAUCCCGCCGCGGAGUUUUACUGCAAAUUUUCACAUUUUCCAAGCAUUUUCUCACAAAGUUUCCCCGUGAAUUGCCUCAACAAAACAUGGUGUUAAUUGCAGCCGCGGUUUGUACAAAAGUCGGGAAAACAAUAAUUUCCCGACAAUUUGUGGAGAUGACAAAGGCACGCAUUGAGGGUCUCCUGGCGGCUUUCCCCAAGCUAAUGACUCCCGGGAAGCAGCACACGUUCGUGGAGACGGACUCAGUGCGGUAUGUGUAUCAACCCAUGGAGAAGCUCUAUAUGCUGCUGAUAACAACAAAAGCCAGCAAUAUCCUGGAGGAUCUGGAGACGCUGCGUCUCUUCUCGAAAGUCAUCCCGGAGUGCUGCCGAAAUCUCGAUGAGCGCGAAAUUCUCGAUAAUGCGUUCAAUUUGAUUUUUGCAUUUGACGAAAUUGUCGCCCUUGGGUACAGGGAGAGUGUCAAUUUGGCCCAGAUUAAGACAUUUGUCGAGAUGGAUUCGCACGAGGAGAAGGUCUUCCAGGCAGUGCGGCAGACGCAGGAGCGUGAGGCGAAGCUGAAGAUGCGCGAGAAGGCCAAGGAGUUGCAGCGACAGCGCAUGGAGAGCGCCAAGAAGGGAAUGUCCUCAAUGCGUAGUAGUGGCUUUGCUGGUGGUGAUUCCUUUGGGUCGGGCAUAUCGAAUCUCACCAUAAGCUCCACUCCGUCCAUUAGUACGGUGAAUGAUGUGAAGCCCACGCCCACGAAGGCACCAGCUCCGCGGAAUGCGAUGAAAUUGGGCGGAAAGGGGAAGGAUGUGGAUACAUUUGUGGAUCAGCUGAAGAGUGAAGGGGAGAAGAUCACCACGGCCCCCGUGGCGGCUCCCACAGUGGGUGCUGCAAAGCCCAAACCCGUCUCCGAUGUUCCCAUGGAGGAUGUGCACCUUCACAUUGAAGAUAAGCUCGUUGUGCGCCUCGGCAGGGAUGGGGGUGUGCAGAAAUUCGAACUUUCCGGCUUGCUGACACUCCGGAUAGCCGAUGAGAAGUUCGGGAAGAUUCGUGUGCAACUUGAGAAUCACGAUCAGCGUGGGAUUCAGCUCCAAACGCACCCCAAUGUCGAUAAGGAGCUCUUCAAGACCAAGACACAGAUUGGGCUGAAGAACCCAACAAAGCCCUUUCCCCACAACACCGAUGUGGGGGUGCUCAAGUGGCGCUUCCAGACACAAGAGGAGAACGCCAUUCCGCUCACAAUCAAUUGCUGGCCCUCUGAGAAUGGGGAUGGUGGAUGCGAUGUGAAUAUUGAGUAUGAGCUGGAGCAUACACAUUUGGAGCUACGCGAUGUCACAAUUACCAUUCCAUUGCCAAUUGGGGCUACACCAGCAAUUGCCGAAUGCGAUGGAGAUUACAAUCAUGAUUCCCGGAAGAAUACACUCACGUGGAGUCUCCCAAUUGUGGAUGCAACCAAUAAAGCUGGUUCAAUGGAAUUCAGUGUCCCAGCAUCCAUUCCCGGUGACUUUUUCCCACUUCAAGUGGCUUUUGUGUCCAAGACACCCUAUGCUGCCAUCAAGGCAUCCGAUGUGGCAACUGUGGAUGAUGAGAUGCCCGUCAAAUUCUCCACGGAGACUGUUUUUUAUGCCGAAAAGUAUGAAAUUGUGUGAUUUGGCAGAAGAAAAACUUUUCAUCUCUAUCGUAUAAAUUAACCUCCUCCUCAUCAUCUACCCUGCCGGAAUUUUUGGGUUUAUGAACUAUUAAAGGAUAUCUAUAAUAUUGUAAAAGGAUAAA